AUGGCGGCCGUUCGAGCACCAAAACAAUGGUCUCUCACAACGACUGAAACAAUAACUUCCAUAGAGGCUUGGGAGAACAAUUUAAAAUACAUCCUAUCCCUAGACCAUAAUUUUGCAUCGUUCCUCACCGCUGGUGUUAUUUGGCUAAAGAAAACCAAUGCCUCUCAUCUCCGUGGUUUUACCGACGAUGAUGAGGACAUUCCCAAGAUUCAACGCCGUACCGCUGCGCAAAAGGUGACUCAUCUCGAAAUGAUGCUUGGCCAAAUAGCUAACUAUGCUCCUGUUAUUUCUCGUAAUACGAUUGUACGAAAUUCGACCUCCAUCAGCGGUGUAUGGCAAGCCAUUCGACAACAUUACGGCCUGUAA